AUGAUUCUGUUUCGGGAAGAGAGGAGCCCCACUCGGCACGUGCCUGGGCUGUGUCUCUGCAUGGGCCGGCUUUUGUCCCCGCAUGGCUUUGUAGUGUCUGCUCGCCCGCAGGCGAGAAGACCCCAGCUCCCUGUCCUCCUGCUCUUGUUCGACAGUCCUGCACGUCACCCCAAAGGUGCAGGGAGGGAGAGCUUCUCCGUAAGCAUCGGGACCUGGGAGGCUACUGCAGGACUCAUAGUCGGGGUGAUCUUGAGAUACGGGACCCCCUCCACCAGCGGCCAUGACAAGCCGUUCAGCUGCUCGCAGGAGGACAGGCCGUUCACAACCCUGCUGGUCAACGUCAGCGGGAAGUUCUUUGAAUAUACGCUCAAAGGGGAAAUCAGCCCUGGGAAGAUCCACAACGUGGAGCAAAACGACAUGUUGCGGAAGGUAACAUUUGACCCAGAAGUUUUUUUCAACAUUCUGUUGCCUCCUAUUAUUUUUCAUGCUGGUUAUAGCCUGAAGAAAAGACACUUUUUCAGAAAUUUGGGGUCCAUUUUGGCUUACGCCUUUUUAGGAACAGCAGUUUCUUGUUUUAUUAUUGGGAAUCUCAUGUACGGGGUUGUGAAACUAAUGAAGUUGGUGGGUCAGCUCUCUGAUAAAUUCUAUUAUACAGACUGCAUCCUCUUUGGAGCGAUAAUAUCUGCCACUGAUCCAGUUACCGUGCUAGCAAUAUUUAAUGAGCUGCACGCUGAUGUUGAUCUCUAUGCCCUUCUGUUUGGGGAAAGCGUGUUGAAUGAUGCUGUUGCCAUUGUAUUAUCUUCAUCUAUAGUUGCCUACCAGCCAACAGGUGAAAACACCCAUGCUUUUGAUGCAGCAGCAUUUUUCAAGUCGGUUGGUGUUUUUCUGGGAAUAUUCAGUGGUUCUUUCAUGAUGGGAGCAGUGACAGGGGUUGUGACAGCUCUGGUGACGAAGUUUACCAAGUUGCACUGCUUCCCCCUGCUGGAAACGGCUCUCUUCUUCCUGAUGUCCUGGAGCACUUUCUUGCUUGCAGAAGCUUGUGGAUUUACUGGUGUGGUGGCUGUCCUCUUCUGUGGAAUCACCCAGGCACAUUACACAUACAAUAACUUGUCGGUUGAAUCAAGAAGUCGCACUAAGCAGCUCUUUGAGGUAUUGCACUUCCUGGCUGAGAACUUCAUAUUUUCUUAUAUGGGUUUGGCACUGUUUACUUUCCAGAAACACAUAUUCAGCCCAGUCUUCAUCAUUGGAGCUUUUAUUGCAAUCUUUCUGGGCAGAGCUGCACACAUCUACCCUCUCUCCUUCUUGUUGAAUCUGGGCAGAAGGCAUAAGAUCAGCUGGAACUUUCAGCACAUGAUGAUGUUUUCAGGUCUCAGGGGAGCCAUGGCAUUUGCUCUGGCUAUACGAGAUACUGCUACCUACUCACAUCAAAUGAUGUUCUCAACAACUCUCCUCAUCGUCUUUUUCACCGUGUGGAUUGUCGGUGGAGGUACAACUCCCAUGCUGUCAUGGCUGAACAUCAGAGUUGGUGACCAUGUUCCAUCGGUGGAAGAGAUGAAUGAAAGCCGCUGGCUAUAUUUCAGGGUUGGGGUUGACCCAGAUCAGGAUCCUCCACCUACUAACGACAGCUUUCAAGUCUUACAAGGAGACGGCCCGGAUUCUGAAAGAAGGAACAGGACGAAACAGGAAAGUGCAUGGCUCUUCAGGCUAUGGUAUAGCUUUGACCAUAAUUACUUAAAGCCAAUUCUCACUCACAGUGGCCCUCCGUUAACCACGACUCUACCCAGCUGGUGUGGCCUGGUAGCUCGCUGUCUGACAAGUCCCCAGGUUUAUGAUAAUCAAGAACAGCUUAGAGAAGAGGAUUCUGAUUUUAUUCUGAAUGAUGGUGACCUUACUGUGACAUAUGGUGACACAACAAUAACUGCAAAUGGUUCUUCUGGCCCCCAUACAGCUACCACUAGCCUUGAUGGCAGGAGAACAAAAAGUAGUUCAGAGGAAGCACUGGAACGUGAUUUGGGAGCAGCAGAUCAUGAAGUCACAAGCAGGGGUACCCGGCUAGUGUUUCCUCUGGAAGACAAUGCAUGA